GACGCGGGGUUUGGGUGUUGUCUCAGCUCUCACGGCUCUCGUCAUGGCCGCCGCCACCUGGCGCUACCGCGGGGACCUCGAGGCGGAGCGGCCGGCGGCGCUCGUGCGGUUCGCCAACGGGAGGCUGCGGAGCCCCGAGUCCCUGCGCUUCACCGUGUACCGGAGCCGGGACACGGCGCAUCCCCGAAAGAGGCACCGCAGGAUCCUGGUCUCGGAGACAGAGCGGCUUUGCUACGUGGGGCACAAUUUCGGCAGCGGGGUCAUGAGGUGCAACUCCCUGUGCAGGUACUUUGUAGGUGUGUUGGACAAGGACUCUGGGCAGAUGGAGGUCUACAACGCCGAAAUGUUCAACAUGCAGCCUCUGCUCUCAGAUAACUUGAUACCUGAUGACACAAAGGAUUAUCAGAAAAAGUCCUACAGGGAGAAGGUGGAUUUGUGCAUCGAGGCCUUUGGCACCAGCAAGCAGAAGCGAGCGCUGAGCUCUCGGCACAUGAACGCUGUGGGCAACGACAUCGUGAGCACAGCUGUGACAAAAGCAGCAGCAAACAUUAUAGAUGCAAAGGGAGUGACAGCUCUGAUGCAGGAUGUGGCCCAGGAUGACGUGCAGACCAUCUCUGCCUUCCUCCCGCCGUGCCACGAGGAUGCCGACAGGCCGGAGCACGUGUACAAGUUCGAGGACAUCCUGUCCCCCACCGAGUACGAGGCGCUGCGGGUGCCAGCAGCUGCCCUGGCCAGCGCCACCGCAGAGGACAUCGCCAAGAAGGCAGAGGAGAGGAGCCACUGCUCCUUUGUUUUGGAGGAGCUGAAGUUCCUGCCUGCUGAUGAGAAGAGCAGAGACCACAAAACCCGAUGCCUCUGGUUCCUGGACACCCUCAUUAAGUUCAGCCACCUGAAAGUGAUCAAGAAGAAGCAUCCAAUGGGUCCCGAGUGCCCACACAUCAUCAGCAGGAAACUCAUGAAGAAUUUCACCUCACUGACCUACAACAACGGCAGUGUCCAGAAUUUAGUCUCUGCAUCCAUGAAGGCUAAAAUCACUGCCUAUGUCAUUCUCUUGGCUCUGCACAUCAACAACUUCCAGACAGACCUCACCGUCCUGCAGAAUGACAUGAAGCUUCAGGAGAGCAGGAUCCUGGACAUCGCCAAGGCCCUGCGGCUGAAGAUAUCCAAGGCCAAAGGGGGGCUGGGGCUGGAGAACGACCAGAACCACAAGCUGGGCACUCUGUCCCUGCCCUUGCCCAUGCAGAAGGCGCCAGCAGGACAGCGGAAGCGCAAGAAAAUUAACUGAAAAGCCCAAGAGGUCUGAGGAGCAACACAGCCCCUCCCUCAGAACAUCAUGGGGAUGCCUUUGUCUGCUGGAUUUGGGUCCAGCACUAGGGUGGAACAGAUGUUUGCUUCAUUACAAUGCUGCUUUUUUUAUAUUUAUGUAGAAAAAGCUGUAAUAAAAAGAGUCUGUCUCCAGGA